AUGGGUGAAGCGAAUGGGACCUUCCAUUUGCGUGACGGGCCUGAGAGGCCCGACUACGAUGUCUUGAUUAUCGGAGCCGGGCUGGCAGGAAUUUACACCUUAAUCUCUAUGAAGAAGCUUGGUCUUCGUGCAAGGGUAAUUGAACGCGGCUCAGAUGUAGGGGGGGUAUGGUUUUGGAAUCGCUAUCCCGGAGCGCGCUUCGAUUCGGAGAGUUACACCUACAUGUUUACGUUCUCCAAAGAACUACUGGAUGAGUGGGACUGGAAGGAGCAUUUCUCCGCUCAAGAGGAUACUCUUCGGUAUAUCAACUUUAUUGUGGACAAGUUCCAUAUCCGCUCCGAUUUCCAACUGGAAACUGAAGUAAAGUCUGCUCAUUACGAUGAUGAGACAAGAGCAUGGACUUUGACCGACCAGCGGGGAGGAAACUACACGUCACGGUUCCUCGUAAAUUGCCUUGGUCCGCUGACCACCCCGACAUUGCCUUCCAUUCCAGGGGUUGAAGACUUCAAAGGGGUUGCGUACCAUACCUCUCGCUGGCCUAACCACUCAGUCCAAUUUGAGGGGAAACGGGUCGGCGUCAUUGGCACAGGGGCUACAGGAAUCCAAGUAAUCCAAGAAGUUGCAAAGACAGCUGGACAUAUAACCGUUUUUCAAAGAACUGCAAACUGGACAGCUCCUUUGCGUAACAGCAUUAUCGACCAGGAGGAAAUGCAAUCCAUUCGCGAACAAUAUCCAGAAAUCAUCAAAAAGUGCAAAUCAAGUCCCAUGGGUUUCAUGUAUCAACCAGACCCACGAAACUGUAUUGAGCUGGCCAAAGAAGAGCGGGAAGCUCUCUGGGAAAAUCACUACAAUAUGCGGGGCCUCAUCAAGUGGGUUGGUAAUUUCAAGGAUAUUUUCACCAACCAAGAUGCGAACAACCUCUAUAGUGAAUGGAUGGGGAAUAAAAUUCGAUCACGUGUAAAUAACCCAGUCAUUGCAGAGAAGUUGGUUCCCAAAAGUCACGGAUUUGGCACGCGGCGAGUGCCUUUGGAGAACGGCUAUUAUGAACUCUUCAAUAGGAGCAAUGUGAAGCUAGUGGACUUGCUCGAGACACCAAUUGAACAGGUUACGGAGAAUAGUGUUAAAACCACCACAGAAAACAUUGAACUUGACGUGCUCAUCUACGCAACUGGAUUUGAUGCCCUCACUGGAUCAUAUGAAGAGAUUGACUACUAUGGUGAGAAGGGCCUCAGUUUGAAGGAAAAAUGGAAGGAUGGUCCGCGAACCUAUCUUGGGUUUGCUGUCCCAAACUUCCCUAAUAUGUUCAAUGUUCUUGGCCCUCAUCAAGCUACAGGUAACAUUCCUCAUGUUAUUGAGUACGCCGUUGAGUGGAUUUCAAGGUUCAUGGGAUACCUGAAGGAACAUAACAUCACCUACGUUGCACCAGAUGAUGAAGGUGAAGCAGAGUGGACUGCGCAUGUGUUUGAAUGCACAAAGGGCCUGCUUUCUGUAAAGGUAAACUCUUGGCAGACUGGUUACAACUCAAACCGUGCUGGAAAAGCUCAAAGAAGGAUCAUCCGAUAUUUCGGCAACAAUCUCGAAUUCCGAAAGCGCGCGGAAGCAAUAGCUGCAGAUAACUACAGGCAUUUUAUUAUGAAAUGA